AUCAGAUUGCUGUAGAGUAACGCGGAUACCGCCUAUGUAGUAAACUGACGGUUGUGUCUUGUGUUGCUAAUUCUUCAACAAUCUGGAUGAAAUGCAACGUUUUUGACGCUCACCUUUCCCCUCUAAAACUAUGCAGGACAGACACAUUGGAUAAGGACGGGCAUUAUUUGUUAAACAUCGUUUAGUGAGUGAACCAAGUCUAUUGGAAGGAUGGAGACUCUAAUCCCCACCAUCAACCGGCUGCAGGAGGUCUUUCUCACAGUGGGUGCAGAGAUCAUACAGCUGCCUCAGAUUGUCGUGGUCGGAUCUCAGAGCAGUGGAAAGAGCUCUGUGUUGGAGAGCCUGGUCGGACGGGAUUUCUUGCCUCGGGGAUCAGGAAUAGUCACAAGACGACCCCUCGUGUUGCAACUUAUUAAUGUUUCCCCUCUGCAGGAGAGACUAAAGAACGAGAGCGGCAAUGGGGUAACACAAAAUGCCCAAAACAGCUACCCAGGUGUCAAAGCUGAAGAGUGGGGUACAUUUCUGCACUGCAAGAACCAGAUCUUCACAGAUUUUCAGGAGAUUCGCCGGGAAGUCGAGGCAGAGACUGAACGCAGUUCUGGUGACAACAAGGGAAUCACUACUGAGCCCAUAUAUUUGAAGAUUUUCUCCCCCAAGGUCCUUAAUCUCACCCUGGUUGAUUUACCUGGAAUUACUAAGGUUCCUGUUGGGGACCAGCCAGAGGACAUUGAAGCUCAAGUACAAGAGAUGAUCUUGUCCUUCAUCUCCAAUCCAAACUCCCUCAUCCUCGCAGUGUCCCCUGCCAACUCUGACUUGGCCACCUCUGAUGCACUGAAAUUGGCUCGUGAGGUUGAUCCAGAUGGACGUCGAACACUGCUGGUGGUCAGUAAGCUGGACUUGAUGGAUGCAGGGACGGAUGCUCUGGAGGUCCUCCUGGGUCGAGUCAUUCCAGUCAGACUUGGGAUUAUCGGGGUGGUUAACAGGAGCCAGCAUGACAUCAAUACCCAGAAGAGCCUGGAGGACUCAAUGAGGGAUGAACAAGCUUUCCUUCAGCGCCACUACCCCUCGCUCGCCUCCCGCGCCGGCUCACGCUAUCUGGCCAAAACUCUCAGCAGGCUGCUCAUGCACCACAUCCGGGAUUGCCUGCCAGACCUCAAAACCCGAGUGACUGUGCUGAGUGCCCAGUACCAGACACGGCUCAACAGCUAUGGCCAACCAGUAGAAGACCACAGUGCCACCCUGCUGCAGAUUGUCACCAAGUUCGCCAGCGAUUACUGCAACACCAUCGAGGGAACAGCCAGAUACAUCCAGACCACGGAGCUCUGUGGGGGUGCUCGGAUCUGUUACAUAUUCCAUGAGACGUUUGGCCGCACUUUGCAGUCAAUUGACCCCCUGGGAGGACUGACUGAGCUUGAUAUCCUCACUGCGAUCCGCAAUGCUACGGGUCCGCGGCCAGCGCUUUUUGUGCCCGAGGUGUCCUUUGAGUUAUUGGUGAAGCGGCAAAUGAAGCGGCUGGAAGAACCCAGUCUUCGCUGUGUGGAGCUUGUUCAUGAAGAGCUGCAGAGGAUCAUCCAGCACUGCUCCUCCUAUAGCACACAGGAGCUUCUGCGAUUCCCCAAACUGCACGAUUCCAUUGUGGAAGUGGUGACUGGAUUACUGAGGAAGCGCCUGCCGAUUACUAAUGAAAUGGUACACAAUUUGGUAUCAAUAGAGCUUGCCUACAUCAACACAAAACAUCCAGACUUCACGGAUGCAGCGCAGGUCUCAGCAUCUGUCAACAGUCAGCAGGCAGAGGCCCUUGAUGGAGGGAAGCGCUGGAAGAAUGAGAAGGUUGCGGAAGAGAAAGCCCCGGCUGCAAGCUUUGGCAGCCCCAGCAAAGGCCAGGCCAUUAACCUUCUCGACACAGCGGUGCCCGUAUCCCGCAAGCUGAGUGCGAGGGAACAGAGGGACUGUGAGGUCAUCCAGCGCCUUAUCAAGUGCUACUUUCUCAUUGUCCGCAAAAGCAUCCAAGACAGUGUGCCCAAGACAGUGAUGCACUUCCUGGUGAACUUUGUGAAAGAGCAUCUGCAGAGUGAGCUGGUGGGUCAACUUUACAAACAGCCACUGCUGCAGGAGCUGCUCAUUGAGUCACAGGACACGGCACAGCAGCGGACUGAGGUUGCUCAAAUGCUUGAGGCGCUUAAAAAAGCCAAUAACAUCAUCUCUGAGAUUCGGGAGACUCAUCUGUGGUAGCCAGAGGAAACAAACAAUUCCCUUGUCAUAGGACAGCUUUGAGAGUAUGAGAGUGUAUGUGAGUUUACAGCACAGAGAGCAAUUGUGUGUGUGUGAGAGUGUCUGUGUGUGUAUUGUCUAUGUGUGGCAGUACCACUGUUUUCUCAUGGACCAAUGACCAUAGCACAUUUAGAUCAACUUUUUCUCGUCAGCUGUCGCCCUGACCAGUACACUGGGGCUGUUGCUUUUCACUGUGAACGUUGUGUUGUGACUGAAAUUAAUUAAACACUCAGGCCGAAAGUGUUAUUGCAAAGAUGCAAAAAGAAAGACAAAGUUGCGAACAAAAUCUUUUUUGUGACAAAAUGUUUGUUGGGUCAUUAAAUUGUUGCUGUAAAUGUAAAAUGUAAAUUAUAUGUGGAGUAUUUAAAUUGUUCUCCGGGGUGUGUGUUUUGGAUCAAAAUGUGUUCACAUUGUACAGUUUCCAAAAAGUGGGCUUCCUCUGAGCCUCUUCAGCAGGUGCUAAAAUUACGUUAGAUUAGAUGUGUUCCAACUGUAAUCCCCUUUGUUGGAGCUCCAGACAUAGAAAUGAAGUGAAAAUCCAACUCAAUCAAUGCUGACUGCAAUGCAACACUGAAGACAGACAACAGUCAUUUACAGGAAUUAGAGGAUGAAUACAGAUUGUUUUUCCAGCUCCGUAGAGCUAAUCAAUAUCAGGUUUAUUUUCCAGAGUCACACUUACAUAUCAGCCCAUUUAUAUUAUUAACUGUUGCACUGAAUUUCUUGUUUUAUGUGUUGUUAAAAACAAAGAGACCAAACAUAUAUCUUCCUCUGUUCAGCUAGUAUGUGUAUGUAUAAUAUAGUAUUUAGAAAACAGGAAUUAAUUAUAGAUCUAAGAAUAGCCAGGAGGUUAUGUUGUAUGGGUAGGGUACGUGGUAGAACUGUAAUAUUCUGUAGCCUCUCCUCAUGCAACCAAUUCAAUGGUUUCCACUGUUAAUAGUACAGAGGGAUAAAUAAGGCGUUAGUAAAGAUAUUGCCCUAAGUAUAAGAUACUCGUGGAUUGCUCCUGCAUGCAGUUUAUUCCCAAAUGAUAUCUUAAGUUAGCCAGGGGCCAUUCCCAUCUAUUCCUAACUGAGGUUGUUGUUCAGUCAGUCCUCCCCCAAGUAGCUAUUAAUGCGAAUCUCCUCUAAUAGCCCAAAACAAAAGAAUAUCCUAAACAUUUUGCUGUUUUCAGGAAGACCUGCCUUAACGGGACCAUCAAACCGUUUCUGAACUCUGUGAUCAGGGAGCGAACAGUCUGUCCUUCUGAAAGCCCUGUGUGAGUUUGCAUGUGUGUGUUCAGUAUGCAUGUGUGUAUGAAUGACUUAUGUAUGACCAUGAAUGAUUAAUGUAUAUUUUGUAUUAUUUAAUUGUAUAUUGUUAUCAUGCGUCAACUGCCUCCGAGUUCUUGCCUGCCAAUAUUUGUGAUACGUGUUUACCGAAUGAAGUCUGUUGAGAUUGGAGGGACUCAUUAAACCCUAACAAAGGACACUGUA